AUUUAUGGCCAAGUCGAGAUUUAUCUAAAUAAAACAAAAACCAUCAUAUGCAAUAAUAAAGACAAGGGAAAUCUCAUCAUAUCAAAAUAGACAUCAUGUCUAAUGGUGAAAAAAUGGAGUUGGCCGCGAGAAAAAACGGUGGAUUAGCAGCUGACGUUGAUAAUCCUGCUUAUGAAACGGAGACUCUUUCUCCAGAUGCAAUCAGACUGACACAAUAUGACCUCAAUCAUCUCACAGUGCAUCAGGCUGCACGAGAAGGUGAUGUUGCCAUCAUUGAGCGUUUGAUGGAAAAAUACCAAACAAAUCAGCAACGGAAAAAACGAAUAAAUUCAAAAGAUGACAGCAAACUCACACCGCUGCAUUAUGCUGCAAGAUAUACACAUUAUCAUAUGCUACAGUAUUUAUUAAAGAACGGAGCAAAUCCAAAUGCCAAAGCUGAAGACGGUGCGACCGCAUUACAUUUUCUUGCCAAAUACAAAAAGAAAAGAAUUACGGUAGAAGGAGGAAAUGAUGAUGAUGACUCUUCUGAAUCGGAGGAAGAUGAACUUCCUCCAGAAGAAACAUUUAGUUGUUUAAAACUUUUGGUUGACAAUGGUGCACAAAUUAAUGCCAAAGACUCAAUGGGACUCACACCUUUACAUCAUGCUUGCACAAGAGGAAAUACGAAGGCUGUCAGGGAAUUGAUCGAAUGUGCUGGAAUAGGAAUGGAGAUGGCUGACAAUCAAGGGAUGACUUCGCUCCAUCUAGCAUGCCUUUACAAUAAACGUUCCAUAGUGCGAAUUCUGAUUGACGCGGGAGCAAAUAUGAGAGCAAGAGACAAGGACGCAACUACACCAUUGCUUUUGGCUUGCGCUGAGGGAGGUAAAAAGAUCGCGGAGUUAUUACUGGAAAAAGCAAGUGAAAGAUCUAGAGCCAACGAGGAAAAUAACAGACCAAAAGAUUCAACAUAUGCAUCAAUUGAACCAGCUGGAAUAGGUGACCUACUACGAGACACGGAUGGAGAAAAAAAUCUUCCUUUGCAUCUCGCUAUUGAAAAUGGUCAUCUUGAUCUUGUAGAAUUCUGUAUUGAAAAGUCUAUUGGGGCAGGACUCGGUCCUAUGGUGGAAAUUCGUAGAUCGCGUGAAGAAACCUGCCUCCACCUGGCUGUUUUAUCGAAUAAUAUUGACAUUGUGCAAUUACUAAUGAGACACGGAGCAGAUGUCAACGCGAAGAAUUCAUCCAUGGCAAGUCCACUCUUUGUGGCAGCGCAAUACAAUGCUCAUACUAUCGUGAAAUAUCUCCUUGAACACGGUGCGAACGUGGAUAUGAAAGAUAAUGAUUUCUUCACUCCAUUACUUGUCGCAUCAAAACAUGGCCAUCUAGAAACUAUCACCCAUUUGUUAGACCAUCAUGCAGAUAUAACAGAGACCGAUAAAGACGAUAAAACUUGCAUUAUCUGGGCGGCUGAAGAAGACCGAACUGAUGCGCUAUCUAUUCUCCUACAAAGCCCAAAAGGUCGGGCCCUAAUUGAAGAAAGAGACAGGUACAACAACACAGCUUUGCACAUGGCCUCAUCUAAAGGACACGUGAACGCUGUGAAGUUUCUUCUUCAAUACAAAGCGCCUGCAGACAUAAAAAACGACGAUGAUCGAACUACUUUGCAUAUGGCUGCUUUGAAUGGAAAUGAUUUAAUUAUACCCGAGUUGAUCGCAAGAGAUAGAACUAUAUUGAACGCAGGAGACGAAGAUGCAAAUGCGGCUCUACAUCUUGCAGCUAUGGGUGGAAAUCUAAAAUGUGUUGAAAUCCUUAUUCAACUAGGUGCAAAUAUUGAGAUGAGGAAUGCUAAACAGUGGACUCCUCUAGACAGUGCUGCAGCCUAUGGAUGGGAAAAGCCUGCUCGUGCUCUUCUUGAAGCAGGGGCGGCAGUACAACCAAGAGGGAAAAUUAGGAGUUAUAAAAAACUUCUCAAGGUGUCUCCACUUCAUCUAUCUGCCAAAAAUGGUCAUUUAGAAAUGGUCAAUCUUCUACUCAACUGGAGAGCUGACGUCACUUUCCGAUCAGCUGACGGGAGAAAUGCUCUUGACUUUGCUAUUGAUUCAAAUCAAAAAGAUUGUGUCGUUGCUCUACUGAAGCACUCGACUUGGAAAGAUUCUUUGAGAAAUUCGGUUGUGAACCCAGUGAACGGGCGUAUGAGCACACCAAUGCGGAAAUUGAUUAAGAAAAUGCCUGAUUUGGCUGAAAUUGUUUACAACCAGUGUAUCACAGAUAAUGGAAAGAAACCCGAAGACGACAACUAUACAAUUACUCUCUUAUACGAGUUUCUUGACGACAUGUACGCCAGCUCUGCAUGGAAUGACUACGCAUUGAUUGAACCAAAUCGCAAGGAAUCAUAUGAUACAGCGGGCGAUGACGCUAUGUACGCGAAUCCUACAGUUAUAGUCAAACCAUCACUAAAAGACAAAGACGUUUAUGACGAUAAUGGUCAUCUAACUAAUGAAGCAAGAACUUACAGUCAGGAUUCAGAUGAACUGCAGAAAAACCACCCGCUGAAAAUUAUGGUUUCAGCUAAACGAGAAGAAUUGUUACUUCAUCCAGUUGUUACUGGACUUCUGAACUACAAAUGGAGAAGUUUUGGCCGUUACGUUUACUACACAAAUCUUACAUUGUUUAUCAUUUAUUUGCUUAUUUUGAAUAUUUACAUGAUGACGUUGCCACGUCCCUACCAAAUUGAUUGGAUACUCGUUAUAUACAGCAGACAAUAUAUUUACAACAAUGAUUCAACCGCAGCAGCAGCUCUCAUAAAUCGGGGACUAGUUCCAGAUGAGCAAACCUUGUCCUGCUAUUACUAUCGAAUAGAGUUAACGUCACUCGAAGAGUCAGCUUACGCUGCUGGAUGUCAAACUGUCCCGGCAACAUACGAUGGGAUCAAAUGGACAAUAUUUGCGUUUUCUGCUUUCAAUCUACUGAGAGAGUUCUUUCAGUUAUUCAAUCAGCGUCUUCGUUAUGUGUCUGAAUUCACAAACUUUGUGGAAAUUUCAUUGUACGUUCUCAGUUUGAUUCUGACUUUAAAUUAUCCUGGAUACUAUGUUGACCCAGUCACUCUCCCCGACGAGAACAAGACGGAAAAUCUAGAUCUUGUGAACAAUAGUUCCGAUGUUCUAAUUAAUUUGCAAGAUGACACAGGAUUAAGACAGGAGUGGCAAAGUGAAAUCGGGGCAUUCGCUAUAUUUUUAGCGUGGAUGGGUUUGCUCCUUUUCAUUCAGAAAAUUCCCUACCUCGGUAUUUUUGUUGUUAUGUUCACCGACAUUCUCAAAACCUUCGCACAAUUCUUCUUUGUAUUCGUAUUCUUCAUAUUUGGAUUUGCAUUUGCCUUCAAUAUAUUGCUUGGAAACCAGUACGUGUUUGCUACUUGGUACGAUUCAAUAAUCAAAACAACCGUAAUGAUGAUUGGCGAAUUGGAUUAUGGUGACAUAUUUUUUUCCUAUAAAGACGAGGGGUCAACAUAUUUUCAAAAUAUUUAUACGAACAGUGUCAGUUACGUUCUGUUCUCAAUAUUCUUGAUUGUCAUGACCAUUAUCAUCAUGAACUUGUUGGUCGGUCUUGCUGUUGGCGACAUCAUUGAAGUUCAAGAGCAUGCUACACUUGAACGAUUAGGAAUGACGGUCGAUCUAGCGUUGGAUGUCGAAUUCACACUUCCCGAGUUUCUUCGUAAGAGAGUCUGUCUUCGGAAACAAACUAUUGAAGUCAAUAAAUACAGGAAAGCAAAUGCCAUAAAGAAAUUCUUCCUGGAAGAUUCUGCAUUGACAGUAGAAAACAUCACUAAAUCAUUAAACAGAGAAAAGGGCGAGCAGGACGAAAUGCGUGACUCAUUGGAUCGAGUUUUGACCGGUUUGGGCCGCCUUAGAAAUCGUUUAACUGAUGUAAUUGGUGAGCAAUCUGAAGUGAAGAUGGGAAUAUUUGGAAUCAGAUCGCAAAUGAGAGAGGCUAGGAUGGAAAACAAAACAUCUUCUAGGGAAAUAAAAGAUUCAGUAGCUUUGACACGGGAAUUACUUACUGGACAACUUGGUCAAACUCACGAUGGCUUGACAGAAGUUGCUCGACGUGAAUCUCUGACCACAAGAACAAGAGUAGAUGACGCACAAACUUUAAUUAAACAUCUUCAAGAUGAGCUGAGUGAAACUAGACAAACUAUGACCCAGGUAAAAUUAGACCUGGAGGAAAGGAUGGAACGAAUGCAAAAAGAAUUAAUGGAAAGGAAGGGAAGAGAUUUGGAAGAAGGGUUAGAAGAAUGUAAUAACAAAAUUGAAAAAACAAGAGCAGAAGUUCUUCAAAGUCUCGAAGAGAUGAAAAUGAUUUUAGUAAAAGAAAAAUACAUGACAUCAGUGUAAAUAUAGCGCACGUUAUCAUCAGACCACAAGAGUAUUUUGCACAAAUUUUUCUCAGCAGACGAAAAACGACAUUAUAGCGUGAACAUAUAAACUAAAACUUUUGGAGUUAAAUGUUGGAAUAAAGGGCAUCGUGCAAUAACUACAAAUCUUCGUUGGUGCAUGGGAGCAAAUAUGUAACUAUUGAACGACGCAAGAAUUGAUAAAAAAAACUAUAUGUUUUGGUUUUAGUUUAUAAAGAAACAUGGAGACAAAAUAUUAAAUCUUCAAUAAUUGAACCAUGUUAUAUAUUUUUCCACUAUCGUUACGACACUAACAUAGUCUUCACGCUUCACAAUUUUAUUUUCUUAUGUAUCUUUGUAUUACUGCAUUAUUGUAUCUGAAUUAUGUAUUUUGAUAUAUCUGGUGCCACACCCGCUCACGUCUAUAAUAAAUAUUCUUCCCUGAAAUAACUAAAACCUGAAGCGUCUCACGGUUACCUCGAAUGUGUGUUUGCUUUAAACUAAUUCAUUGAAAUAGUCGAAGACAGAUUAAUACUAAAUAAUCUUUCCUGCGAUAUACUGAAACCUUAAGCCCUACGGCUCAAACGUGUGUUUGCUUAUAACUAAUUUUUUAAUAGUGAAUGAGGUAUAAUAUCAUCUUAGCACAGAAGAAUUUUUUAAAAUUUAACAUUUUCUUUGAUAAGUUGUGACUAUUUAAAUCCAGUUUCAAAAUCACUUAGGCUCAAUUUAUGUGUUACUUAAUACAGUGCAUUUUUACCGUGUUAUGCUAUUUGUUAGAGCUUAAAAGGUUCCUUGUGAGGUUUUCAUCUUUUUCAAUUUAUGAUCAACGAUGAAUUGUGUUUGGAUUUCAAUCUAAUGCACCAGAACAGCCUUGCGUAAAAUUACUAAUGUACAUUAUUAUAGCCAUACAAUAUGUGAUUUUACAGCACGUUUAUUUUUUUUAUUAUUGUUAUGCUUGUAUUUGAAAUGGUACAGAUUAUUGUAUUGGAAUAAAAAUUCAAAUUUUCAGA